GUAAACUUUCGUUAAGUUUAUUUUCACGCGAAAUAUUUACUAAUAUAAUUUUUCUCAAAAAUCUAUAGUUUAGAAACUUAAUUUGUAAUCAAUUGAGAAAAUGCCAGCAUUAGAUGAAUAUAAGUCAUCCUGGGCUGAUGAAAUCGAAUUAGAAUCGGGAUCUUUACCUCCACCAACGGAAGAUAUUGAUGAGCAUGGAGUUAAAACUGUUACGGAAUAUAAGAUUAAUAAGGAUGACAAGAAAGUCAAAGUUGUUCGAACCUAUAAAUUACAGAAACAUGUCGUAUCAAAGAGUGUAGCCAGUAGAAGGCUCCUGCAUAAAUUUGGUGAUUCUGCAAACGACGAACCUGGUCCAAACUCACAAACAACAUUUGUUUCUGAAGACAUUAAUAUGCAAUUAAUCACUAAUAAGGAGGAAGAGAAAUCUAAUGAUGCUGUUGUUGAUCCUAAAAAUCAAUUCGCCAAGUGUCGUUUCUGUAACGGUGGACAUUUUACAACAAAUUGUCCAUAUCGUCAUACUGCAGCAUAUAUUGAGAAGAUUCUUGAUACUAAGCCACAAGCAUCGGCAUCAGCUGCCGAGACAACAUCAUCAAAACCAGGAAAAUAUGUUCCACCAUUCAUCAAAGAUCAACAGAAAAAUGCAGGCAACAAAGGCAGAGAUGACACAACAGCGAUUCGUAUAUCCAAUCUAUCCGAGGCAACCAGUGAUGCUGAUUUGGAAGAGCUCACGAACAAAUUUGGAAAGAAAUCAAAAAUGUAUUUGGCAAAGGAUAAAAAUACUGGACUUUGUAAAGGAUUCGCCUACGUUCAUUUCUAUAGUAAGGAAGAUGCAGCCGCUGCUAUUGAGACACUUGACGGUUUUGGAUAUGAUCACUUGAUUUUGAAGGCUGAAUGGUCAAAACCACAAUACAACUAAUUCCAUUCUCAUUUGAUUAUUGUUUAACGUAUGGCAAGUGAUUCUGUAAAGAAUUUGAAUAAAGUAACAAGGAACAAAAAAGAAAAGAAAACAUCCAGAUUGCGUG